CCCUCAGGGGCCCCGCCCCCUCCGCCGGCCCCGCCUUCUCCGGGAGCCUCUCCACGGGCCCUGCCCUAGCCGCGUCCUCUUCAAAGGCCCCGCCCUCACCGAGCGCACCCCUGGCGCGUCUCUCCGCCCAUCCUGUCCCGACCGCUCCUCGUCACUUUAAAUUUGGUUCUGGGCCCCCGCGGCUCCUCUUCACCCCCAGACCCCCGUAUAUGCACGUUUCUUUCCAUCAGCCCUGCCUUCUGUGCACAUUCCCUGACUACUGGGGUCUCUCGUUCCCGCGCCGACCCGGACUGCGUCCGUCUGUGCUUAGUGAAUGGUGCGGAGACCUUGCGCUGGACUUUGGACAUCCUUGCUUUCAGGAACCCCUGGGAGAGCCACACUGCAACGGAGUUUGACAGGCCCUUCCUUCCUUUAAUGAAGGAAGCAUGUUUGCGAUGCUUAGAGGAGGGACUCAAGUUGUCACCGUUACUUCUGGAAGGGCAAGCUGGCCUCUGAGGAGCUAAGCAGUACCUUUCUCCCCAGGUGCCCUUGGCAUCUUCUGAUGCAGAGUCUUGGCUCCAGCCAUUGCCUUUUGAACUCCUGGGAAUUAGUAGGAUCUUGUCAGGGCCCUUCUUUUAACCAAAGUUGGUAGGGCUUUCAGAGCCCAUCCAUCCACAUGGUCACUGAGCUCUUCAAGGAAGUUGAAGGCAAGGGACAGAUGAGUGAUUGACCUAGACCAACAGUGACUCAGCGUCAUACUCUUGAUGCUGCUCUUUGGAAUUUUUCCUGAGGAUUCUGACCCAGUUUACAAUUACCCAGCAGUCGUAGUCGAUUAGGAAAUCCUAAAAGUAUGUGUAGGUGAAACCUCUAGUCGGCACCAUGACGACCCUGGACGAUAAGUUGCUGGGGGAGAAGCUGCAGUACUAUUACAGCAGCAGUGAUGAUGAGGACAGCGACCGCGAGGACAAGGAUGGAGGCAGGGGUGCGCUGGCCGGCACAUCGAUGCCUGCAGAUGCUGAGUUGGCAGGCGAAGGCAUCUCCGUUAACACAGGUCCAAAAGGGGUGAUAAAUGACUGGCGCCGCUUCAAACAGUUGGAGACAGAGCAGAGGGAGGAGCAGUGCCGGGAGAUGGAAAGGCUGGUCAAGAAGCUGUCGAUGACCUGCAGGUCCCAUCUGGAUGAAGAGGAGGAGCGGCACAAGCAGGAGGCACUGCAGGAGAAGCUCGGUGCGAAGAUGACUCUGAAGGAGUUCGCCAUGAUGAACGAGGACCAAGACGAUGAAGAGUUUCUCCAGCAGUACCGGAAGCAGAGGAUGGAGGAGAUGCGGCAGCAGCUUCACAGAGGGCCCCAGUUCAAGCAGGUUUUUGAGAUCCCCAGCGGAGAAGGGUUUUUAGACAUGAUUGAUAAAGAACAGAAAAGCACCCUCAUCAUGGUCCAUAUUUAUGAGGACGGCAUUCCUGGGACCGAAGCCAUGAACGGCUGCAUGAUUUGCCUUGCUGCUGAGUACCCAGCUGUCAAAUUCUGCCGGGUGAAGAGCUCGGUGAUUGGGGCCAGCAGUCGCUUCACCAGGAACGCCCUUCCUGCCCUGCUGAUCUACAAGGGAGGUGAAUUGAUCGGCAAUUUUGUUCGUGUCACUGACCAGCUGGGGGAAGAUUUCUUUGCUGUGGACCUUGAAGCUUUUCUACAGGAAUUUGGAUUGCUCCCCGAAAAGGAAGUCUUGGUGCUGACGUCUGUGCGUAACUCUGCCACCUGUCACAGUGAGGAUAGCGAUUUGGAAAUAGAUUGAACUGCUAGUCUAAUUGCAUAGAUUUCUCAUUGUUUUGGCUGGAAGACACAUGGCUGUGUGUUUAUUUUUGUUCCUUCCUGUGUUGUGUGGCAUCUCAGCUGUUCUUUGUAGUCCCUUUUAUUAUACGUAAAGUCAAGAAAUUCUUAGAUUAAAUUGGAAUGCUGAAUCACCUUGUGGCUAGCAGCAGUGACUUAAAAUUGUGUAAACAGGAAGCCAGGCUUUUCAACUGUUUACCUAAGAUUCUUCAGCAUGACAUCUCUGUUACUGUUUCUAGUCAAUAUUUACAUAACGUCCUAAAGACAGUGUCCUAGAAAUUGUCUUCAGAUGGUCUCAGAGGUCUCUGCCAGGCCUGGGAAUAUAAUUCUAUAGUUAGUGUGUUCUUUGCAACAUAAACAGUGUGUCUCUUUCAUCAAUGAUCAUAAAUUAUAUUUACUUGUAAUCAGAUCCAUAGUCCUGGAAGGCAGUUACAUUUUUACCCUAGACCCUCUUCUCUACCAGGGUCUUGUUUAAAGCUUCCCGACAAUGGUUGUUGGCCCCAUCAAGAGGGGUGACCUCUGCUGUUGGAGCCAGUGUCCCGCUCAAGCAUUAUUAAGUCUUGAAUAGGAGGAAAGAUUGAUGCUGACUGCCCUCUUGAUGCUGAAGGCCAGCUUAAUUUAGAAAUCAGAGCUGGUUUGGAGCUGGGAAGCCUUUUGAAAGGAGGAUCUCUUAAGAUAACUCCUGGUCAUUUCUUUGUCUUUCUCUUACUUAACAAUGUAAGUUUUUGUUUUAAUGUA